ACAUCAGAUGCGCCUUAGCCAAUCGGCGGACGACUCGCGGGGAAUGGGCGGGCGCUUGUCAACUGCGGUAACGGACGUCGUGGUGAACUUUGCCGGUGUUCAGAGCUACCCGGAGCCGAACCGUCAGCUCCGUCACAGGCUCAGAGAUGGGCAGCGUGUUGGCGGCCGCUUCCCCGAGUGCCGCCCCGGCAGCAGCCGGAGGUGGUCCAGGGGUCCAGGGGUUGGUCUCGGUCCCCCCAGGCUUCACGAUGCCUUCCGUCCCGUCAACAUCUGGCUCGGACCAGCAGACUGCAGAUGCAGACCCCCAGCUUCCAAACCCGGGCACGUAUGAGGAGUGCCACCGCAAAUGCAAAGAGGUGUUCCCUCUACCGAUGGAAGGGGUGCGGUUGGUGGUCAACAAAGGCCUGAGUAACCACUUCCAGGUCUGCCACACCGUUACACUCAGCACCCUCGGCGAUUCUGGUUAUCGAUUCGGUUCCACCUACGUAGGCACUAAACAGACCGGCCCGGCGGAGUCUUUCCCAGUCAUGGUUGGAGAUAUGGACAAUACGGGCAGUCUGAAUUCCCAGAUCAUCCACCAGCUCACAUCCGCUGUGCGCUCCAAAAUAGCCAUCCAGACCCAGCAGCACAAGUUUGUGAACUGGCAGUGUGACAUGGAGUGGCGCGGCGAGGACUUCACCGCCGCCGUGACGCUCGGGAAUCCAGACGUACUGAUUGGAUCUGGCAUUUUGGUGGGCCACUAUCUGCAGUCCAUCACACCAGCUCUGGCCAUGGGGGGGGAGGUGGUGUACCACAGGAGACCCGGAGAGGAAGGAGCCGUCACCUCCCUGUUAGGCAGGUACACAGGAGACAACUGCAUCGCUACGUUGACUUUGGGAGGGGCAGGAGCUCACGCUACGUACUAUCACAAAGCCAAUGAUCAGCUGCAGGUAGGAGUUGAAUUUGAAGCCAACACAAGGAUGCAAGACACCUCGACAUCCUUUGGGUACCAGUUGGACGUCCCCAAAGCGAACUUGCUCUUUAAAGGCACAGUUGACAGCAACUGGGGGGUUGCGGCGACCCUUGAAAAGAAGCUGUUGCCCCUCCCUCUCACGCUGGCCCUCGGGGCUUCCCUCAACCACCGCAAGAACAAGUUCCAGUGUGGCUUCGGUGUCACCAUUGGCUAGAAUGGGGGGGGGGGGCACAGAGACACAAGACCCUGGACUAAGUUUUAGUAAUUUGAUUCAGAG